AUGGCCGGCAAGCGUCUCAGGUGCAACGCAAAGGAGUGCCGUGAGCCUGCUCAGCGGAUCGUCGGCGACUGCGGCUUCUGCAACGGGCAUUUCUGUGGCAAGCACCGCCUCUUGGAAGACCACAAGUGCAGCGGCCUCGAGGACUGCAAGAAGCAAUCCCACGAGCGAAACGCCGCUCAACUCGAGUCCGAGCGCACCCAGGUCAUCCGUGGCGUGUGA